CUCCAAUUGAUUUUUUUCCAUAUUAUUUAUAACAUUUGUGUGUUUGGACGAAAGUAUUAUUAACGAAAGAAUCAGGAAUAAUGAAGUUAUUGAAAUUUAUAAUAUUAAUUAGUGUUAUUUUGGGCACCAUGUCCCCAGUGUUAGCGAGACGUGGACGUGGCAGAGGUCGUACUAAAUCAAAGAUUCAAAUUGGUUUACCAAUCACCGGAAAAUAUCGUGAUCCUGAAUCGGAUCAAUAUUACAACAAUAAUAAUGGUGCAAAAAUAUUAAUGGCAUCACAUUUUGAUUAUGAAUACGUAUUAGGACAUAAAAUUGCAUUUUUAUGUGUAGCCCGAGGAACACCACGACCACAUAUUACAUGGUUUAAGGAUGGUGUGGAAAUUUUCUCACAUUUGUACUUACAUGUACAUGAAUGGAAUAUCGGUACGGACAAAGUAAAAUCAAAAUUAGAAAUUGAUCCAGCCACACAAAUGGAUGCUGGUGUAUACGAAUGUACAGCGGAUAACAUGUAUUCAAUUGAUCGACGAUCAUUCAAAACGGAUUUCAGUAUUGCAUUUGAUUAAAGCUUUAAUAAUUAAAAAAAAAAGUGAUUUAAAUAGAAAUUAGUGGUACAAAUAUUAUUUAUAUAUUUAUAUGAUAACAAAAUGGUGUGUUUCUUUGGUUUGAUUGUUGAUGGAUGAAAAAAAAGAGUGUACGAAUUGUUUUUUUUUUUGUUUGUUUGUUUUG